AUGUUUUUCUCACAACCCGCCCACCUCGCCAAGGCGGAGGAGCUUAAGCAGGAGCCGCCCAAGGACACUCCCUACUCGGUCGCAAUGCCCGGCACCGAGCAGCCUGAUCGCAGCCGUGUUUAUCGGGCAUGGAAUGCGCAAAAGGAGUUGUUGAAGACCCUGGAUCCUCAGGUCGUCACUGCCCACGACAUGUUCGAGUCGACUGCCAACCGCCAACCCAAGAACCACUGCCUCGGCUGGCGCGCAUACAACUCCGCUACCAAGUCGUUCGACCCAUACCAGUGGUUCACGUACGAACAGGUUCAGAAGAAGCGGGCGGAUUUCGGUGCCGGUCUGGUGGAGCUGCACCAGAAGCACAAUUGCCACCGUCCCGGCCAGUACGGUAUCGGUCUUUGGUGUCAGAACCGCCCCGAGUGGCAGAUUACUGAUCUGGCUUGCAUGUCUCAGGGCUUGUUCUCUGUCUCAAUUUACGAUGUCUUGGCCGCGGAUGCCACCGAAUACAUCAUUAACCACGCAGAGCUGAACUGUGUGGUGACCUCUCUUCCUCACAUUCCGACUCUGCUGAAGCUCAAGGCAUCUCUGCCCAAUCUGAAAAUGAUCGUCAGCUUGGACCCGCUCGAUGCAGGUGAGCAGGAUGGUCACUCCAAGCGCGCCCUGCUUGAGUCCAUGGCUGCUGGUCAGGACGUCGCUAUCUAUAGCAUGGACCAGGUCGAGGCUUUGGGAGAGGCCUCGAAACGCGGCUAUAACCUUCCCUCACCCGAGGAUAUUGUCACCAUUAACUAUACCUCCGGUACUACCGGCCCUCCCAAGGGUGUCGUUCUGUCCCAUCGGGCUGCUGUGGCGGGUUCUUCUGCCGGUCUCAUGACCGUUGGUCAGGCCCGUGGUGACACAAUGUGCUCUUAUCUUCCGCUGGCUCACAUCUAUGCUCGUCUUGCCGAGCACACUGCCUUCUGGGGUGGAGCCCGAAUUGGCUACUUCCACGGCAACAUCGUGGAGCUCGUCGAUGACCUGAAGCUCCUGAGGCCGACUGGCUUCAUGUCCGUCCCUCGUCUCUACAGCCGCUUCGGUACUGCCGUGCGCGCUGCCACCGUCGAGGCACCUGGCUUCAAGGGCGCUCUGUCCCGGCACAUCAUUGCUACUAAGACUGCCAACCUCAAGAACCCCGACCCCUCCAAGGCUACCAUCCGCCAUGCCUUGUAUGACCGCAUCUGGGCUAAGAAGGUUGCUGCCGCUCUCGGCCUGGAUCGUGCCAAGUACAUGGUUUCGGGCUCUGCUCCUCUGGACCCCACCCUGCACAACUUCCUCCGUAUUGCCACUGGUACCGAUGUCAUCCAGGGCUACGGUCUGACCGAGUCCUACGCGUGCGGUACCGCCCAGUCGGCUGACGAUCUUUCUUCUGGUAACUGUGGCCGUCUCGCUCCCUGUACCGAAGCUUGCCUGGUCUCCCUGCCCGACAUGGAGUACUCGGUUGAUGACAAGCCCUACCCUCGUGGUGAGCUUCUCCUUCGCGGUAACAACAUGUUCAAUGAGUACUUCAAGAACCCUGAGGAGACCUCCAAGGCCAUGACUGAGGAUGGCUGGUUCCGCACCGGCGAUGUCUGCCAGGUCGAUGAGAUGGGCCGCUUCAUCAUCAUCGACCGUCGCAAGAACGUCCUCAAGCUCGCCCAGGGCGAGUACAUCUCCCCCGAACGCCUGGAGGGUGUCAUUAUGGCCGAGAUCAGCUACCUCGCUCAGACCUACGUCCACGGUGACAGCAUGCAGACCUUCCUGGUCGGCGUGUUCGGCGUUGCCCCCGAUAUGUUUGCUCCCUUCGCCAGCAAGGUCCUCGGCCGUGAAAUCGCACAGACCGACACCGACGCCAUCAAGGCUGCCUUGUCCGACGAGAAGAUCCGCAAGGCCGUGCUUCGGGAUCUCGAGCGCGUGGCUAAGAAGCACAAGUUCCAGGGUUACGAGCGUGUUAAGAAUGUUUCUCUGAAGUUGGAACCUUUCACCGUCGAAAACAACCUUUUGACUCCUACUCUUAAACUGAAGCGUCCUCCUACCGUCAAGGCCUACCGUGCGGUCCUGGACCAGCUGUAUGCUCAGGCCUUGGAGGAGCAGUCGGCUCCUCGCGCCAAGCUGUAG